AUGAAUCGACUUUGUGAACCGCCCAAGCACAUCGAUGAAUUGCCGAAGUUUGCACAGGACGAACUCAUUGAAACAUGGAAAACAUACAAGAGCGGACAGCCGUGUGAUCAACAGCUAUUGAUAACAGAUGAUGUACUAAGUGCUGUGGAUAUAUUCGCGCAACGACACAUCAUUGCAGCGCCGUACAAAUCUCGUCAGCAAGCAAAAACUAUCAUAAACGAUUUAAAAGAACAACGUCAACGGAGAUUCCAGAAGUCAACACUGAUAAGUGCUGAAGAACUGGACGAAGGAGAGGAGGAAACAAUUACUAGAACUGUUGAAAUAAGCAAUACUGAAAACGAACACGAAGCUGAUCGCUCGCCAUAUGAAUCAACAAUCAAUAAGGUCAUCACAGCAAGUCGUCGACCAACAAAAGAAGAUGAUAGCAAACGUUUUAUACCUAUUGAGGUUGAACCAGCAUCAGAGAGAUACUCAGUCGACGUUUCACUGCCAUCAUCGACUCCACCUGAUGACAAUAAUGAUGAUUAUUCGGAUUAUUUGGAUGAAAGAUUCUCAGCUAGCGGUAGUACUCGGCCAAGUCCUGAUCUAAGAUACCUAACCUCAUCGCAACAAUUACUCACAAGUCCAUCACUACCAACAAAAUCACCAGACCUUCAAACAACAGAUUCUUUCUCCACAACCGAUGAUGACAGUACAAUUGAUAUUUAUAUCAAAUAUGAGCCACUACUUGAGCCACUAAGUAUGAAUGACGAAGGAGUAGAUGAAUUCCUACGCGGUACUACGGCAAAAGUGAGAAGAAAAUUCAAGAAGACGAUAACUGAUCCAGACAUUCCAUCUGAAGGCUUACGUCGCGAAAAGCUUCAUCUGUUAGCUGUUUCAUUACUUAAUUCAACUCAACUGACUGCUUACAACAAAUAUGCAACACGAAGGCGUUUGUUGGACCGUCAACAUCUAACAAGACUUGCUAAACUAUCCAAGAUGGCACGAACUGCUUACGGUGUUAUCAGUCGUGCUGAACCAGAAUAUCAGUUUGAGGUUCGUUUAUUUGUGGCCAAAAGUUUUCCGAUCGAAAUUCGCAAAGAACUAAAAAGAUUUGCCACUUCAAACAGAUCUGCGGCAACCGAAAGACUACUAAAAUUAAUACGACUAGUGUGA